AUGCCAAUCGAUCUGCUUAUUGUCGGUGCCGGCCCGGCAGGUCUUCUGGCGGCCUGCUGGGCCUCCCAGUACCCGAUAUCAACGCGUAUUAUCGACAAGCAUCCAUCACGAAAGCCCACCGGUCAUGCGGACGGAAUCCAUAGUCGCACACUGGAGAUCCUCGAUAGCUUCGGGAUUGUAGAUCGGAUCAUGCGAUUGGGUGCUCAGGAGAUUGAGAUGUGUUAUUGGGUUGGUCAACGAAUUGGUCGCGAUGAGAAACAUGGGAAGCUUCAACGGGAGAAAAGGCUGCGAAGCCAGCCUGAGGAGUUCUCGCGGUUCAACCAACGACUUCUCAACCAGGGGAUUAUGGAGGAGGUGAUGAUUGACUAUCUGCGCGAGAAGGGAGUACAAGUUGAAUGGAGUACGACAGCUGAAUCGUUGGAAACGGAUCAAGAUGACUUGCCUGUCGUUCAUGUUAGUCGCGGUCUAGGUGAAAAGGACACAAUAAAAGCACAAUACGUGACCGGCUGCGACGGAGUACACAGCUGGACGAGAGACCAACUUCAGAUCCCCAUGGAUGCACUAUCUGCGCCCUCUGAAGAGUCUACCUGGGGUGUGAUGGACAUCGUCCCAAUCAGCGAUUUCCCCGAUAUCCGCCAAUCCUGCGCUAUCCACGCUUGUUCGAGAAGCGGGAUUAUGCAGCUGCCGCGCGAGAACCGUCUGAUUCGGCUAUAUAUCCAGCUCAAGAGCGACGACGAGUUGGCGCAACAAGCGAUACUGAAUACACACGACGAGACAACGCCCAAGCAGCUAUUGAAAAUCGCACAGCGGACAUACGAACCGUAUCAGAUGAGCUAUAAGCGCUGCGACUGGUGGUCGCUAUAUCGUAUAGGACAACGACUAGUUCCAGAGUAUAGAAUUCGCGAUCGAAUCUUCCUGGCCGGCGACGCAGCCCACACACAUUCCCCCAAAGGAGGACAAGGCAUGAACGUUUCCAUGCAAGACACGCACAACCUGGUCUGGAAACUUGCCUCUGUUAUUCUAGGCCAAGUGGAUCCAUCCAUUCUGGAGACUUACAACUCUGAACGACGCCCCGUAGCUCAGGAGCUCAUGCGCAUGGAUUCAGACCUCGUGCAUGCUUACGAGCAGCAACCCGGGACGGGCGGGCAUACUGACAGUGUGGAUGAGAUUCGAGAUCGGUACACAGGGUUCAUGACGGGGGUGAAGGUGAAGUAUCCGUCGAACAUUCUUGUUACGGCCAGAAAAGACAGUGUGACGAGGAAAUUUGAGGUGGGAAUGAGAUUACCGUCUUUUCGAGUCGUUUACCAGGCGUCUGCUUCUCCACUGCAUCUUGCAGAAAGGCUCAUCAGUAAUGGUUACUGGAGGAUACUUGUAUUCUCUGGGGACCUUCGCAAGGACCAAAACCGACGUUAUCUUGACUCUUUUGCAGAAACCCUCAAACCACAUUUGGAGACCAUGCGCAUACCUAUCGAGGUACUGUUGGUUCAUUCUAGUCCACGAACGGAUAUAUCUAUUUUGGAGGUCCCUGAUAUCUUCCACCCGUUCGACGAGGAUCUUGGAUGGGAUUAUUCCCGAGUCUUUGCGGAUGCGGAUGCAUAUGAAGGAUACGGAGUCGAAGAUGGGUGCGUCGUGGUUUGUCGGCCGGACCAGCAUGUCGGCUGGAUUGGAUCGGAUGUCGCUGAUUUGGAGGAAUAUUUCUCCUUUGUUAAGUCCUAGGAAUGAACCCGACUGUAGAUACCAUUCAGAUGGAUUGGUCCACACCACAGUGAUAACCCUGUCUAGAAUAGCAACUGUCUGCUCAACAUUCGGUAAACAUUGGGUUUCCAAGCCGGAAAUCCAACACCAACCAUCC